GCAAUAUGGGGUCCUGAAGUCUCCUCCUAUGCGCAUGUCAAAUGACACGUGCGUGGAGUGUCUGCUGCUACUUGUCCGCGUUUUCUCUUUCGUAGAUGUUUUGUUUUUAAACGACAAAUAAACUAUCGUAAACCUUCGGGGCUCACACGUUGUUUGUAAAUGGGAGGUCUACAAAAGAAGAAGUUUGAGAGUGGCUCUGCCACAAACUAUAUCACCAGAAACAAAGCCCGUAAGAAAUUACAACUGAGCCUCCCGGACUUCAGACGAUUAUGCAUUCUUAAAGGCAUUUACCCCCACGAGCCAAAGCACAAGAAGAAAGUUAACAAGGGCUCCACGGCUCCACGAACCUUUUACCUGCUGAAAGAUAUUCGCUUUCUUCUGCAUGAGCCAAUCGUUGCUAAAUUCAGAGCAUACAAGAUAUUUGUACGCAAACUCAAGAAAGCUUAUGCAAAAACAGAAUAUUCUGCAGUGGAAAGGCUAAAGGACAACAAGCCAACAUAUAAAUUGGACCACAUUGUCAAGGAAAGGUAUCCCUCGUUCAUUGAUGCGCUGCGGGAUGUUGAAGAUGCACUUUGCAUGUGCUUCCUCUUCUCCACGUUUGCUCGAACGGGAAAAUGCCACGUGCAAACCAUUCAGCUGUGUCGACGGCUCACUGUGGAGUGGAUGAACUUUGUGAUCACCUCUCGUGGCCUCAGAAAGGUGUUCAUCUCUAUCAAGGGAAUAUAUUACCAGGCUGAGGUGAUGGGGCAGCUAAUUACAUGGGUGGUGCCGUAUCAGUUCUCCCAUGACCACCCUACAGAUGUCGACUACAGAGUAAUGGCAACUUUCACAGAGUUCUACACGACCCUCUUGGGCUUUAUUAACUUCCGACUCUACCAUUCCCUCAAUCUGGUCUACCCACCAAAGCUUGACAGUAAAGCAGAGCAGGAACUAAAGGACAAAAAUGAGGAGGACUACGCCUUGGAUACAGAAAGCUACUUGGAGAAACUCGCUGCCUUGAGUGCAAGUCUGGCCCGGGUGGUUUCUGCUUCAGAGGAAGAAGAAACUCAACUUGACCACUUUCCUGUUGACGAGGAAGAGAUGAGUAAGAUGGAAGAAAGGGAAAGGGAGCAGAAGCAAAUGGAAGCCCAUAAAAAGAUGUUUGAGGGCUUUAAGUUUUUCCUCAACAGAGAAGUACCCAGAGAGUCUCUGGCUUUUGUCAUCAGGUGUUUGGGUGGCGAGGUGUCCUGGGACAAGUCCAUCUGCAUCGGGAGCACAUACGAUGAGACCGAUGAGACCAUCACACAUCAAAUUAUUGAUAGGCCCAGCGUUGCCACACAGUACAUCAACAGGUACUACCUCCAGCCCCAGUGGGUGUACGACUGUGUCAACGCCAAACUGAUCCUUCCAGUGGAGGACUACUUCAUGGGGGUCACACUCCCCCCCCACUUGUCUCCGUUUGUGGAGGAGAAGGAGGGAGACUACGUUCCUCCGGAGAAACUGAAGAUAGCGGCGAUGCAAAGGGGAGAGAAGCCUGCCCGGCAAAAGGUUGAGGAAGAAGAGAGUGAAGAUGAAGAGGAGGAUGAAGAAGAUGAAGAAGAGGAGGAAGAUGACAAAGUAGAGGAGAAUAAUCUCAAGAAGAUGGAGGACCAAGAAUCCCAGGCUAAGGUCAAAGUGACACCCGGCAAGUUGAAAGUGGUUAACCUGGCCGACCGGGAGGAGCGCGAGAAAGCCGAGGAGAAGCGUCUGGCCAUCAUGAUGAUGAAGAAAAAGGACAAGUACCUCUACGACAAGAUCAUGUUCGGGAAAAAGAGAAAAGUCCGAGAGGCCAACAAGCUCGCCGCGAAGAGGAAAGCGCACGACGACAUUGAAAAGGCAAAGAAGAAAAAGGCCCGAAAAUGAGUUAUAAUAAAGACUGUAAUAAGUUGGAAGAUGUGGAGUGCUGCAGACCUAACAUACAAUUCAAGUACCUGUGAGUGAGUCACAAGAUUUUUUUUUUGGGGGGGGUGCUUCAUAUUUGCAUCAUGAAUAAAUGUUUCUGGCAUAUCGCCGGUGCCAGGCUGAAACCUCCAAUGGCCAAAUUUUGUCGGAUUUUGCUUUUCAGAAAUCAAAAUUAUCCCACGUAGGCAUGUUUGUUUUUUCAAAUAUUUUCUCAAUAUUAAGUGUUGAAAAUGGCUUGUUUGACAACGCAAUGCAACAAAUGUGUUUUUUUUUCCCCAGUUGGCCUAAAUUGUGACAUUUUUGGAGACAUAAGGAUUUUGUGCGAUGCCACUGAAGUGACUUUUUAUAUGGUUUUAUGUCUUUCUUCCACACACAGUUCUCAUCCUCCACACUGUUUUAACUUCCGGACUGUGUCAGCGGCACAUUGCAAAGUAUUUCUUAUGAUUAAGCAACGCAAAUUAAAUAUAAUUGAAUAUUCUACCUGU